AUGUCCCUGAAUCCCAUCUAUAUGUCCCUGAAUCCCAUCUAUAUGUCCCUCAAUCCCAUCUCAGCCCAGCUAGAAGAGAGUGUGUUACAAGAGUGCAGCACACAGACAGCACCAAGCAAAGUGCAACGCAGAGGUUGGCUUCAGAAAACUGUGGAGAUUAAAACAGAAAGAGGGGCUAAACUCCUCAUUAAGCCUCCUCUGGAGUACUCUGAGGAUUUUGAACCUUAUGAAAGCCUGAGUGUGGAGGCAGAUGGUGAUGAUCCUCUGUACCCCCAGGAAUCAAGAAGCAGCUUGCAGCUUGGUAUGGAAGAGACAAGGAUGGAAGAACACUCUCUCAGUGAUGAUUCUGACUCUGUUGAAGAGGAUUUGUGUUCAGAACCAUCUCCUACUGAGGAAACCAUUGCAAGCUUUGGAGGUCUCCAGUUGCAUCACAGCAGAUCGGUGCAGAAAGAAGCUUCUGAACACCAGGAUGCUGUGAGAUGCUCUCACUCUGCAUCUGGUGCCCUUACUGUGCUGGAAUUCAACCAGGACCAAAGCAAAGUGAAGCCACGUCGGGUUCUCUCAGCCAAAAGAAAAGAAAAUGCAGAAUUGUACAUUCCUGUCAGACCAGCUGUGGUAAAAAGUAAAACAACUCGACCACUCUCUGCUGGGUUCUUGCAGCAGGAAAGACAUGAAAGGACUAUUUCUAGACCUCUGAGUCGCCCGGAGAGACCCCUUUCAGCUGCUCGAAAGAAAGUGUGUGAGAAAGCUGCUGAUGUCUCAGUAUCAGCUGUGAUUAGAGCAAUACAAAGGGAAAAUGAAAUCCUGCAAAGAGAUCUGCAACAGCAGAGAGCUUCCCCAGGCUCCCCAAAGAAGAAAUUUUCUGUUUCAUUUAUUUCUGCAAUGGCUGAACCUCCAGAAGAAAGCCAGGCAAGGACUGCAGUCACCAAAGCUGUUGAGAGCUUCUGUCCUUUUGAAAGCAGACCAGAGAAGAAACUUCUGGAAGUUCUCCAGGAGCCUGAAAGCCAUUCAGCCUGUGAUAAUGACAUUUUCCUGUCUGGUUACAAAUCUGAGGUAGAUUCCAUGUUGAGAGAGAAGGUGACUGCCAGUAUGGAAGUAUGUGAUGCCAUUUAUGUGACCAUGGAACUUCUUUCUAAUUGGGGAAAUCCAGCAUACGUGGGCCUGAGCAAGGUGGAGUUCUUUGAUUUAUGCAAUGAGAAGAUCUUUGUGUCUCCUCAUGAUGUGGACAUCCGAAAUGCUGACAACCCAGGGGAUUUGUGCUGCUUGGUCAAUAAGAACUUAAAUAGCACUCCAGAAAGCCUUUGGAUGUGCCCUUUCCAUCCACCCAUCCAACUUUACUUCGUGAUCCGCAAUCCCACCCGGGCACGUGCCUUUGGCAUAGCCAAGAUCAAGAUCUGGAAUUACAACACAACAGCUCCCAGUGACCUUAAUAUUGGAGUAAAGAAGGUGAAGUUGUAUGUUUAUGAGAACCUUGUAUUUGAUGGUGAAUUAGAGAGAGGCUCUGGAGAUCUUCUCACUGACUGGAGCACUACAAUUGUGCUUGCAGAUCCCAAGCAAGAGACCUCUGCAUGUUCUUCAAAUGAAGGGGGGGAAGUCAAGGCACCUGCAGUCACAAAGAAAGCAGACCUACCCUUUCAAUGUGUCCCAUCAAACAGUGCUUCACUAAGCAGGGAAUCCCUGCCAGAAGAAAAUCCUGAGGAUAAAAUGAACUCUCUCAGCUUUACAAAGAAAAAAUUGACUGAGUCAGAGGAUGCUCUGCAGGUGUUACCAUCUGAAUUUUGCAUGAAAGAUACCAAAGAGAAAGCAGCAGUGCAGUCCGUUAGGGAGAGUGUUCAACCUGAUGAUGGACUCACUCUGAGUGAGCAAAUGGAAAAGCUAACAGGAAGGAAAUUGUCUGGUUCUACAAGUUCAAUUCCUUCUUGGUUACAGUCAUCUUCCCAAGGAACAGAGGACAAUCAGGUUACUCCCAGUAAGCAGAAGCCUCCCUGGCUUGCUGCAGAACAUGGUUUGGGUUUGAGAUAUCAAGCACAGUCAGAUGGAGCAUCAAAAAACUUCUCAGAACUGGCUGAGGAUGUCACAUGUCAGAGAAAUGGACUGGGAAGAUCCAGUAGUAGAAAUGCAGAUGGAAAUGGGAGAUCACAAGUGUUAACCAGAAGGGAUGGUGGUGAAGGCUUGGACAUACUGGAGCAACUUUCUAAUAAAAAUUGCUGCAGCUUAGAGUACCCUGCAAGUGGAAGGAGAAGUGUCAGACAUGUGAAAAAGGAGGAAUUAAACUCCAUAAAUCUUGGAGAAGAUGGUUUGGCACUCAAAGGUGAGGACUUUUCCAUCAAGGACACAGCAAGCUCUAGAGCAAGGUGUCAGAAUGAAGAGGAACGCACUCUGCAGGAAUCCUGGAACUCCUUGGUGAAGUUUAAUUAUUCCCAUCGGGGCAGGAUCUCUAACAUGGAUUUUCAAGGGGAUAUCUUUGAUGAGUUUCUCCAUCAACAGAAAAUCAGCCGUUCUGCAGAACAUCAGCAACUGAGAAAAGAAGGACCCCAAACACUACCAAAACAGCAAGAAGAAGAAAAUGGUGUGGAGGCACGUGAUGAACAUGAGUUUAGAAUUCCUGUUUUACCUUAUGGGCAGCACUUAGUAAUAGACAUCCAGACAACGUGGGGAGACAGGCACUACGUUGGUCUUAAUGGAAUUGAAGUUUUCAGUUCUAAAGGAGAGCCUGUUCAGAUUGCAAAAAUAACAGCUGACCCACCUGAUAUAAAUAUUUUACCAGCUUAUGGCAAUGAUCCCAGAAUAAUAACCAACCUAAUUGAUGGGGUAAAUCGGACUCAGGAUGACAUGCACCUUUGGCUAGCACCAUUUACCCCUGGAAAGCCUCACUUCAUCUUUAUUGACUUUGUGAGUGCCUGUCAAGUGGCUAUGAUUAGGAUUUGGAAUUAUAAUAAAUCUCGCAUACAUUCUUUCAGAGGUGUGAAGGACAUCAGAAUACUCUUAGAUGAACAGUGCAUCUUUAAAGGAGAAAUUGCAAAAGCUUCAGGAACCUUGUCUGGAGCUCCACAGCACUUUGGGGAUACUAUAUUGUUCACUACUGAUGAUGAUAUUCUUGAAGCUAUGUACUGCAAUGAUAAGAUGUUUGAUGGAGAAACAGAAAAUGCUGUCUCCUUGAGAUAUGAGGAGGAGCUAAGGAGGCCAAGAACUGCUGAUGGAGAGGGGGAUGAGAGACCUUUCACACAAGCAGGCUUACAAACAGAGAAUCAACAGGUUCAAGAGCCAGACCCCCUCUCUGACUGUGCAGCCAAGGAAUCAGGAAUAUUUAUUGGAAAAUGCCUGCAACUGAACUUUGCCAUGACUUGGGGAGACUCUCAUUACCUUGGGCUGACAGGACUUGAAGUGAUAGGAAAGAAUGGUCUUGCAUUAAAAAUCAGCAAAGAACAGAUUUCUGCUUCACCUCAAGACUUAAAUGAUCUUCCAGAGUAUACAGGAGAUUGCAGAACACUAGAAAAUUUAAUAGAUGGGACUAAUAUCACAGUAGAAGAUGACCAUAUGUGGCUCAUUCCCUUCUCUUUUGGAGAAGAUCAUCUGCUCACCAUCCAUUUUGAUAAAAUGGAAAGCAUUGCAGGGCUUCGCUUUUGGAACUAUAAUAAAUCUCCAGAGGAUACCUAUAGAGGGGCCAAGGUAGUCCAUGUGUUGCUGGAUGGUUCCAGUGUCUCCCCACCAGAGGGCUUUCUGAUCCGCAAGGGACCAGGCAACUGCCACUUCGACUUUGCCCAGGAAAUUCUCUUUCUUGACUACCUGCAGCCCCAGAUGAAUAAGAAAGCACAAAGGAGGACUAUUUCAAAGAGAAUGGAACAAGCUAGUAUGGACUAUGAAGCACCAUUAAUGCCAUGUGGUUUUAUUUUCCAGUUUCAGCUUCUGACAAGUUGGGGUGACCCUUACUACAUCGGUCUGAAUGGGCUGGAGUUGUUCAAUGAACAUGGAGACCAAAUCUUGCUGACUGAGAACAAUAUUGCUGCUUUUCCAGAUAGUGUCAACAUUUUAGAAGGUGUAUCUGGGGACAUCAGAACUCCAGACAAACUGAUUGACAGGGUAAAUGACACAACUGAUGGCAGACAUAUGUGGCUUGCACCAAUUCUUCCUGGUUUGGUGAAUAGGGUAUAUGUCAUUUUUGAUGUACCUACUACUGUGUCAAUGAUCAAGUUAUGGAAUUAUGCCAAAACACCUAAGAGGGGGGUGAAAGAAUUUGGGCUUCUGGUGGAUGACUUGCUUGUGUACAAUGGGAUUCUGGAUAUGGUGAACCAUGUAGUACCAGGCAUCCUCCCAACCUGUGAGCCAGUGGUCCCCUAUCACACCAUUCUCUUCACAGAUGAUGAGAAGAUUUGCCAUCAGGAGAAGAGAACUGUAAUUAGCAGUCACAUGGGAGAUCAGGAUGUACGAAUGAUGAAUGAAAAUGAGAUUGUCACCAACAGCAAGAAGAAGCAGGUUGUGGCUAACCCAGCUCUGCGUCCCAAAACCUGCUUGAGUGAAACAGGACUGCAGAGGAGGAGAAGAUAACAAGGGAUUGGGAUUGGAAAGUCCUCAAUACUUCCAGCCCCAAACACCUCCAAUCUAACUCUUCAAGAAAUACAUCAUCCAACUGGAAGAUUUUCCAUAUCUGCUGCUGCUGGAUCAUCUUUGAAGAGGAACUUUGAUUCACUACAGCACAUUUUCUGCAGUAUGAAGUUCAAAUAAUUCAGUUUUCUGAUUUUUUUAUAAUCUGCCUAGUUUUUUUUCCCCCUCUCUUAAUUGAAAAUCCAGGGAAGAACAAAAAGGAGUGAGUGGGAACCUUACUGCUAACUGACAACUGUUCCUGCCAGCUUCCAAGAACUUGGGUGAAGCAGGAUGGUCAUGAGAGGCAUUCAGAGUAUUUCUCAAGCUUUAAUUCCUAA